CACCCACCGCCCCGAGCCCGCUCCGGCCGCACCGCAGCCUCAGCCCCGGGGGCCGCAGCGCUGACGCUCCAGCGCAGCCGCCGGCAGCUCCCGGACCGGAUUCCCCGACGCGCGGAUCGGGAGCGCACGGCGAAGAACGGCCAGAGGCCUCCGGGGACACCGGCCGCCAACAAAGAGAGCGCGGCACCCCGCGUCCUCAGCUUUAUACUGAGUCUGCCGUGCGUGGCGUGGGACGCUCAUUGGCCACUCGGGGCCCACCUGUGCUGUCCGCUCCUCCCCGCAGGCGCGGCCCUUUUCCGCCCUCUCACCGGCGGAACAGCGGCAGCUGAGCAGCGCCCUCGCGGUCUGGUGGGAGAGAGAAAAGCAGCGCCCUUUCUGCACACCGUUCCUGCCGGUGCCUUAGGAGCAGCUCUGAACACCGAGCGUGAUCAGUUCCGGGAGAGACGCUGCCUGACGAAACGUGGCCAAGUUCAGAACGGGCAGUUCUGAGGAAGAAACGUAACUGAAAGGAGCGUUCACGGAAAGGAGAAUGGGUUCCGUCCAGCCUAAAGCAGCACGGGCACACAGCGCCUUGCCCAUCCUCUGCGUCACCCGCCAAGUGCCCGCAGGUCCCUGAGCAAAAGCAAUGCCACGGGUGCUUUGUCUUUGCCGAGCAGGAGUGCCCCCGACCGGCUUGUCGGCCAUUCCCUCUGGCCCAGCCCAGCCCAGGACAGGCUGAUGUCCCGCUCCUGGCUGGGAUGCAGCUCAAGGCUCCAGCCCAGCUGGGCUGGGGCUGCGCUUUGGCUUUGGGCUGCAAACAGCGUCGGUGCCACAGGGCGCGCUCGGUCCCGCUGGGCGGCGCUCGCACCGCACCGCGGGCUGUUCCGCUCCUGGGGCGGCUGCGCUCGGCCGCCCCAGCCAGAGCAGCAGCGCUUGGCUGCAGAGUCCACAGGAGGGAACGGCCUGAGCUGCAGCCGGGCCAAGAACUCCUGUUAGGAGACCCCCAGGGCAGCGGAACAGCAGCUGAAGCCCCAUCAGCGGUGGGUGCGGGGGGGCCCGUGCAGACCUUUCCCUCUGUGUGCGAUUCGGCUGCGAGCCAAGCGCUUUGUUCAUGAAUGUGAUGGCCUGGGGGAGCUGCUGUGAGCUCUGCUGAGUAACUGCCUGUGUGGAGAUGGUUCUGCUCCUCACAGGUGUCCUGUCCCACCAGAGGGGAUGAGGGAUGGAUUAACUCUGAAUGCCACAGGCACCCUGACUCAGCAGUUGAGGGUCAUUAGAACCGGAGUGGUGAGACAGGUAAACUGAGGCAGGACAUGGGGAAGCAUCACGUAAUGUGCCAACCCUGUACCCAGCCAGGGGUCCCACGUGCCUGUCCCGGCCCCAGCACUGACCCGGCCUCUCCUGCCCAGCAGCUGAUGAUGUCCAGGCGCAGCAGGAGGCCGAGUCUGUCCAUGAGCAGAUUCCGGCCCCCGCUGCCCUGCUCCCGGGGGUGCACGAGCCAGGUGGGAUGCAGGGAGACCCAUCAGGGCAGCCCCUCCUGGAACCCCGGCCACUGGAGCAGAAUUCCACCACGUGCCCUGAGUGCAAGAAGAGCUUCAAGCACCGGGCAGCGCUGGCCGUGCACAUGCGGAGCCACAGGGGCGAGCGGCCCUUCAGCUGCACCGACUGCGGCAAGAGCUUCAACCGCAAAGAGCAACUGCUGAGCCACCAGCGCAUCCACACUGGGGAGAAGCCCUUCACCUGCACUGCGUGUGGCAAGAGCUUCAGCUGGAAUAGCAACCUCAUCUACCACCAGCACAUCCACACCAGGGAGAAACCCUUCACUUGCACUGAGUGUGGCAAGAGCUUCAGGCAGAAGGGCAACCUGGUCAUUCACCAGCACACCCACACCAGGGAGACGCCUUUUUCCUGCAGCCACUGUGGCAAGAGCUUCAGCUGCAAGGGCAACCUGAUCCACCACCAGCGCAUCCACAGCCGUGAGAAACCUUCAGCUGCCCCGAGUGACAAUCAGGGGACAGGCUAACAAGGGGCACUGCUGGGGGUGUUGAGCACAGGCCACCUGGUCAGGAGGAGGAAGCUGAGGAGGCUUCCUACAGCCAGCUGGAAGUGGCCUCAUGGUCACAUGCCCUGGGUCUAUGGGAUUGGUACUAAUUGGUACUAAUGAAACAUUACUAAGGCAUGUAGCCACUGCAUAUUAAUUGUUAUAACCUUUGUCUUCUUUACCCUUUGGGUCUCUGGUCUGUGUGUGAAUUGUUCUUAAUCAAAUCAAUCUUAAUUUUUCCUUUGUACAAUUCUUCUGUGCAGUAAUUAAGAAGGUGAACCUUGCCAUGAAACUAAAUAACUUUGUCGUACCGCUGUUAAA